CAUUGUCAGGCAGACAGGCAGAUAGUUUUACAAGUUUAUAGUAAAAGUUAACUAACUUUUGGAUCCAGUGCUCAGCUCAGUAUUCUUGAGAAUUAUUAAAACUUAUCCGUUGAUUUUUGGAGACCGGAAAAGUCGGUCAACUUUCUCUUCAUUAUCGAUUUCUCAAUAGUGAGUAAGCGGAAAGUAGAUACUAAGCUGAAGAAGGAUUGAAUCCUCAAAAAUGUCUGGAAUCUGUGGCGAAGUAUUCGUAGUCUUAGUCCCAGACACAAAAUCGAACCAGAUGGUUAUUUUUGGCCGGAAUGGAAUCCGGCAGGUUUCGGACGGAUUGGAUGACGUGACCGAAGUCUGUUACUGUCCGGGAUCUGCCGAACCUAGUGAAAAAGUGACUUGUGAUUCGGUAGAAAUUGAAGGGGCAUCGACUUUUUCUGUGAUUUUAAAUCAACCCGCUGGUGUGUGGGGUGCUGAAAGCGGAUCUAACGAAAAGGGUGUUUGCAUAGGACUAACGUUCAGUGAGGGACAUCCAGUUGAUGGUAAACUAAACGCCACUGAUAUGGUCAGAUUGGGUUUGGAACGAGGCGCCAGUGCACCCGAAGCUGUUGAUAGAAUUGUAGAGCUGAGUACUGCUGCGGGACCACCAGGGGAGAGCAAAGAAUCUGCUAAAGCUUCUUUUGUAAUAUGCGACUGUAAUGAAAUAUGGCUGCUAAACAUUGUAGGAAGCCUGUGGGCCGCUCAAAAGCUGUUAACAAAUGCAACAGCGCUCAAACCGGGAUUAACGAUUGACAACCGAAUCGAUCGCUGCUCUGAUGGUCUGGCUUCAAAACUUCAGGAAGCUGGAAUUUGGGAUGGAAGUGGAGAGUUACACUUUAGUUCUGUAUUCGGGCAUGAUUCGACGAGAUCUUGGCCAAUUGGAGAACCAAUUGAUACAAAAUCAUUUGGAAUAUGUCGUAUGUUUGAGACAUUGCGCGCUGCAGGAUCACAAAGAGAAUCGCUCUCUAGCCACGUGUCGGUUUUGUCUAGAGAGGGCUUAUCUAGCCACUGGUUCACGGCUACUCCCAAUCCAGUUGAAUCCGUUUUUAAACCGUUUAUUUUUACUGCUGGAGCUAAAAUCUCGCCACUUACCAAACUUCUAGCCAACACUGGAGAAAAACUAACUUUAUUGCACAAAUUACACAGUAAUCGUAAGUGGGAGGCGGUCGGUGAUUUGUUGCAGUCACUUGAGAGCGCAUGCGUUGAUGAAGUUAAUCGCUUCAUUAGCGAACAUUCUGGAGAACCAAACCAUGAAUUGGAUGAGCUUUUGAAGGAUUGUGUUGAAGCGGAAGUUAAGUUCUAUCGCUAAAUAACGCAUAUUUAGAAUGAUUAAUAGUAUUUGCAGAACGUGACACUUCUCGUAACUGAGAAAAGCUGCUAUAUAAUAGCACACAUUAAUCAACGGUAUUUUAUUGCGAUAUUUCCUAUAAUAUUUAUAAGACUUGCCUAGUUUCCAAAAAUACCAAUUGAAUAUUGGCGGCUAAUUAGGUUAUCUUAAAAAAGUAAAAGUAAAUACGACGUCGUAUCGUCUUAGUAGCCAAAACCGUACUCAUUGAGAUUAGGUAUCAAAUAUCAUCAUCAGCUUGCAAAAAUGGCUUAUGAUUAUGCUGAGAUAUUCCGUGGUUUCUUAAAUGUAUUGCAUUUUAUUUCGUGUGCACAUGAAGCUGUGCUUAUAUUAUAUACUGUGUUUAAACCUUUGUGUUACAAUUUUGUGAUGAAUAAUGUUAAAAGUUUACAAACUUUACAUCUAUAUAAAUAUCAACAUGAUUUCUUUGGCGUGAGAUCUCAUUUUGUUCAUUAUAGUUCACUUAGAAUAAAGUCAUCUACUUUUAUAGUUCAACUAUUUUUAUACACUAUUGUGCAUAAUUAUCGCAUUGUUUGUGUGAUUGCAUUUUUACAUUUGAAUACAUUCGAAGAGCUUCAACAAAUGUAGCAUCUAAAUGAUAGUAACAUGCAUUCUAUUAUAUUCACUCUCUUUACUGGUACAACAGUUACAAUAAUAGAACCAAAAUUAUUCAACCGAUGCAU